AUGGCCACCCCCCAAGCCCAUUCCCCAUGGGAAUCUCUCCAGCCCGUACCUUCUGCGUAGCAAGGCCAGGAUGCUGCGCUGUGCCCGCUCCACCCCCUCAGCCACCCAAACAAGAAGCCCAGGCUGGUUCUGGCCCUGGAGUAUAGGCCUGCGCUGUCCUGUCCCGGUGGCUGCGUGCUAUUGUCGACUGUGGAAUGGCCGCCAAAAUCCCAGCUGUGCUGCCAGAACCUAAUCCCCUGUUCCGCUGAGCAUUUGUGGGGAGGGGCUGAGGGGCCAAGGCACGGGACAGAGUACGGCAGGCACUGGCUGGAGCCCUUAACAGACACAGGCACUGGGACCUAAAGGCUCUGCCUCUCCUCCAUGGCCGAAAGAAAAAAGAUGUCCGACUCUUAGAAGACAAAACCACACUGUUUCCACCCACUGAGCAGCGAUCUUCACAAGGCUGAUGGAGAAGCCCACCAGCAACCCCUUCCUCUAACAUUUACUGGGGACCUACUAUGUGCAAAUCACUGCUACAGGAUAUUGCAAGGAGUAUCCAAAGAUGAAUUAAACCCAGCAUCUGCACUGAGGGUCUUACUAAGUUGCUGAGUCUGGUCUGGAAUUUACAAUCCUCCUCCUUCAGCUUCCUGAGUUGGUGAGAUUACAGGGGAUAUUUCCAUUUUAACAGGGAACAAUCCCUGAACCCAAAGGAACGAAUCCCUAAUGGUGGAGUUUCAGUCAUCAGUGACAGGCUGAACCCGGACUCCCAGGGCCCAUGCUUGCACCUGAUGAAUGAUGGCCUGAACUAUGAGCAAACGGGACUACACGAACACGUCGGUGCAGGAGCCCCCUCUUGACUACUCCUUCAGAAGCAUCCAUGUCAUCCAAGAUCUGAUAAGCGAGGAGCCAAGGGUAGGGCUACGACCACUGAAGCACUCCAAGUCAGGAAAGUCAUUGACUCAGUCCCUGUGGCUCAACAACAAUGUCCUCAAUGACCUGAAAGACUUCAACCAGGUGGUUUCACAACUCCUGGAGCACCCAGAGAACCUGGCCUGGAUCGACUUGUCUUUCAAUGACCUGACUUCCAUUGACCCUAUCCUAACAACAUUCUUCAACCUGAGUGUCCUCUAUCUUCAUGGAAACAGUAUCCAGAGCCUAGGGGAAGUGAAUAAGUUAGCUGUCCUCCCUCGGCUCCGGAGCUUGACACUCCAUGGUAACCCCAUAGAGGAAGAGAAGGGGUAUAGGCAAUAUGUGCUGUGCACCCUGCCCCGUAUCACCACGUUCGACUUCAGUGGGGUCACCAAAGCAGACCGUACCACAGCUGAAGUCUGGAAACGCAUGAACAUCAAGCCCAAGAAGCCCCGGAUCAAGCAGGAUGCACUCUGAGGUUCCCAGGACCCCAGCAGUCCUGAAGGCCUGAAGCUGGUCAGCUUAGUUUAAGAAUAAAUGAUUUGAGCUGUU